UCCUGACCCUCCAGGCACCCACCCUCACCGCCCUCCGAAUCACUCCCCCCCUUUGGACUCGGAAAUCUGUGGCAUUUCAGCGAUCGGAUUAAACCCCGCCAACAUCCCCCUCGGACGAUUUGAUUUCUCGCAACAGACAAGAUGAGUUCCACCGCCACCCAGACGGCUCCUCCGCAGAUCACGGCGGAGAAUGUCGCGACCCUCUUCCCCGACGUCGACACCUCCCUGGCGCGCGAGGUUCUCCCCACGGCGAACGCCAGCAACCCCGCUGAGCGGGAAAGCGCCGACCUCGCGGGGUACGAUGAGGAGCAGGUCCGUCUGAUGGAGGAGGUGUGCAUCGUGCUGGAUGAGGAUGAUAAGCCUAUUGGAAGCGCCAGCAAGAAGACAUGCCACCUGAUGACCAACAUCGACAAGGGCCUCCUCCACCGCGCCUUUUCGUGCUUCCUUUUCGACAAGAACAAGCGUCUGCUGCUCCAACAGCGCGCCUCCGAGAAGAUCACCUUCCCCGACAUGUGGACGAAUACCUGCUGCUCCCACCCGUUGGGAAUCCCCGGGGAGACUGGUUCCGAACUGGAUGCAGCCGUGCUGGGCGUGAAGCGGGCCGCGCAGCGCAAGCUGGAGCAGGAGCUGGGGAUCAAGCCCGAGCAGGUGCCGAUCGAGAAAUUCGAGUUCUUCACCCGCAUCCACUACAAGGCGCCGAGUGAUGGGAAAUGGGGCGAGCAUGAGAUCGACUAUAUCCUGUUCAUCGAAGCCGACGUUGACGUCGACGUCAACCCCAACGAGGCCCGAGACACCUGCUACGUUUCGCCUGACGAGCUGAAGGCGAUGUUCGAGAAGCCCGACCUGAAGUUCACGCCCUGGUUCAAGCUCAUCUGCAAUUCGAUGCUGUUCGAAUGGUGGAGCCACCUGGGAACCGCCUCUCUGGACAAAUACAAGGGGGAGACCGGGAUCCGUCGGAUGUAAAGCGUGACUCACCAUGCGGAUAUCGGGGAGAUAAUUAUGCAAGAUUGGGGCACUAUAGCGCAUUCCUGACCCCAACUAGAGAUACCAAUGCACAAGCCGGCCAGUAUACCAUGUUUCUUGAAUUUC